UGUUUCACUUUUUGUCGUUUUUUGUGUGCACGCUCAGCAACCUCCUUCGACUUUCAACUUGCAGCGGCCGCUUCUGGAUUUGAAAUAGCUGCUAGCCUCAACAGAUGGAACCUUACCCCUUCCCAGUCCCACUCUUUUCGGUACAUCAAACCCAUGCCUUUACUUUUGGAGCCGAAAAUCCGGAAGGGCACGUCAUCCCGUCAGUUCGUCACUCCGCUUUGCUUUCCCGUACAUCCAAACCAUGUCUUCCUUCUGCUUCUACAGUGUUGUCCUCUCCCCAACAGUUGGCUACGAUUGUACUUGGUGGGAGACAAAUGGUUCCUCCCCCUUUACCCACUCCAUAAUCCCUUUCUUCUCUCAGUCUCUUGCAAGCGUUGGAAAACCCUAAAAGUUUCCUCGCUGCUGGUCACCAUGGAACCCGCUGCAGAGCACGGCGGUAGCAAUGAAGAUUCGGAUGACACGGUUUCGUCGAGUUCGUACUCAAGCUCUAUCCAUGGGGAGGAACAACAGAAACUGACGGUGGUGGUGGUAGUGGUGAUGUACCAGCAGGAGAAAGGGUCAGAGUUGGUGGAACCGCCGAUGUUCAGGAUGGGAGACGGGAGAAGCUCGGCUGCUGCCGAGGAGGGGACCUGGAAUGGGCACGAUUCCCUGGUUGGGGAAAAGUAGGGCGAUGGCGGCACAAGCUAACCAAGCAGCUUGGAGCAACAGCAGCAAACGUAAUUGACAAUUACUGCAGAAUCACAAAAACUGGUUUGGGAGGCCGGUGCCAUCUACAUCAGGUUCCCGUUCGCCAUCAAUGGUUAGUUUUAAUUUGCUUCUCUUGGAUUUAUCAAAGUUAAGGACACAGUUGGUGCCAGCAAGCUUUGAUAGUAAUGCUUAUGUUUCUAUGAUGCAUGGUUCGUGGCUGAUUGCUUAUGGCAUUACAGAACGUGUCAGCCCAAAUCAGAGGACGAGAAAGCAGAGGUAAAAACACAGGACCGGUUGGAUAUAAUAGAGUUCACAUUGAACUGAAGUCGACAAUCAUUCAUGAUCAUCCAACAAGUUGAAAGAAAGCUUAAGGAAGUGAAAACCAAAAAGAGUGGUGGAGAACGGAAAAGCAAGGUGAAAUUGACUACUCCAGUGAGAAACCAAACCGUCCACUGGAGACAAAUACAAAAGGAAUGUCAGAAUGGAGGGACAUUGUCUCUACAAGCUUAGGGAAUCCAAACUUCUUCACCACCAUACCUGAAGGUCACAUGAAUCAUUGUUACAUUGUAGAUUCAUCCAUUUUUAUCAAACGAAAUUGUCUUCUUUUCCAAAGGAAGUUUCUAUCAAAUGCCUAUACUUGGAGAUAUCUCUCAUUUGUAGUAACUGGGGGAAACUACUUUUUUACUAAUUGUUUAAUAUUGUGUGAUUAUGAAGAGAUUUCGGACCUUAAAACAUAAUUUGAUGUUUGAGAGCACCAUGCUGAUUGACUAUGGAACUUGAGAUGCGAAGGUUUGCCAACUAUACUUCCAAUAUUGUGAAAUUCAGCCCAGUGACGAGAAUAC